AUGGCGAUCAAUUUAUUUUAAAACUCAAACAAUAAUAGUAAUUGGCAAUAACAAAAAAAGUAUGUGUUAAUUGAUAUUUAUUAGUACCAAAGUUGAAGGUUCCUAUAGAGCUUAAUUUUAACAAAUAAAAUUAGACUAUAUUCCAAAUGAUUCCUAAAGUUUUGGUCAUCAAUAUUCUACAUCUAUUAUUUUUUAAUAAGAAUAUAAAGGAAUGGUAUUUUUAAUUAAUCAAUAAAGUCUCUUAUGAUGGUGAGAUUGGAAGAUUAUUAUCUUAUAAGAUCAUAGUAAAUUCAACGUUCACAUUAAUCUAUGAUUCAAGAUGCUUGUAGUCAAGGACUUUUCAAUUCAAAAUUGAUCACUAAUGUUAAUUCUUAAAGUAAACACCUAACUAAAUAUUAGCUUUAUAACCUCCUUAAUUUUAAAAUUCUAGAAAUUCAUGGAAAAAUAAUAGUUCAACUAAUAAUUACUAAAGUAAUACAUUUACUUCAAAUAAUAUCUUUAAUCCAAAUAACACAAAUACUACAAAAAAUGUCUUCUAAACAUAAUCAACAACUGAUAAUAUAUUUAAUAAUCCUAUAAAUUAGUAAUAAAAUCAAGUAUUUUAAUAAUAGUCGAAUAGUAGUACAAAUAUUUUUUAACAACCAAAUAAUUAAAACAAUAUUUUUAGCUCUUCUAAUAAUAACACUAAUAAUCUUUUUAAAUAAUCUACCACUCCAACCAAUGUAAAUAAUAAUCUUUUUGCAUAAACAUCUAGCAAUAAUAUUUUUCCUUAAAAUAAUUAAGCAAAUAUAUUUUAAUAACCACAACAAUAAAGUCUUAAUUUAUAAAAUUAACCAUCCUUGGUUCCUUAAAAUAAUUUAUAUCCUUAAAAUAAUAUCUUCUCUUAGCCUAAUUUAAUCGGAUUCAAUAAUGGAUACAAUUAAUCUUUUAUGUAUGGAUAACCUAAUUUAUAUUCUAUGAAUUAUUCACAACCCCCAUUUCAUUCAUCUAUGCUACAACCUUAAGGUUAAUAAUAAAUAAUAUAUCCUUAACUUUAAUAAUUAGAAAAAGUUAAAGAUGCAGCUGACAUUUUAUAAAACUAUUCUGAUGUGUUGAAAUAAAAAUAUCAAUAAUUCUAAGAUCUACAAAAAAAUGAAGAAUAGCAUUUUGAAUAGCAAGAACUUAUUAUAGAAGAGCAUGAGCGACAGAAUUAAUAAAUUAGAUAAUAAAGAGAAAGAAUUUUAAAUUAAUCAAUAUCAGUUAGAGCUAAUAAAAGUAAAUCACCUUCACCAUUUUCUAAUUCAAGAGCUGGAAAAUCAUCAACUAAUUAUAAUAAAAUCAAUUCUAGUUUACAAAGAUCCCAUAUUGUUGAAUAUAAUAAUAGUUAGAUUUCAAAUUAUGAUAAAUAAGAUAAUAGUUUUCAUAUUAUUGUAAAUUUUUUAGAAAGCGAUAAAUAAUAUCCAACAAUUAUAUAAUCAUUCAAAUCAAAAAGUAAAAUUGAACAUGUUAAAUUCUUUAUAGAAAAUAUACUAUCUGAAUAAAAUAUUUUUGGAAAAUAAAGAUAUUUAUACUUUUAGAUGGUAAGAAUCAAAACUAAAUAAGAUUUUGUUCUUGAUGAUACAGUAUAUAUAGAGAAAUGCCCAAGAUUUAUCAUAUUCGAGUAUUUUAGCACAAUUAAACCAAAACUAACAAAACCAGGGUAUAAAUGUAAUGUAAAUUUUGAUCAAAAAACUGAAUAAGAAUUAUCUAAUAUUGAAGAUUUUUGUAUUUCAAAUCAAUUUGGAUAAGUUCGAUGGUUAAAUCCAUGUAAUUUGCUUUAUUUAGACCUUGAUAGGAUUGUUGAUUUAACUUAAGAAUGCAUUAAUCUAUAUGAUUCUGAGAUUAUUCAUGAUUAUCUUAAACCAAAUAUUGGAAAUAAAUUAAAUAAAGAAUGUGAAAUUACAUUUAACUUACCUGUUAAUCUAAAAAUACAUGAUAAUGAUAAAUUUGAAUAAAGUCUAAGAUUUUAAGCAGAUGGAAAAAAUAUUGAAUUUAUCAAAUUCGAUAGUACAAAUCGAUCUUAUACAUUUAAAGUUUAACAUUUUUCAGGAUAUUAAUUUAAUUCAGAUUACUAUUCUUCAGAUGAUUCAACUCAUUUGAAUCAGAUAGCUAUCCAAACUAAUGCAAGUGUUAUUUUGGGUUAGUUAGAUGAAGAAAGAUAUUCUUCAUCAUCAGAUGAUAAUUGUAAUGGAGAUUAAUUAGAGGAAUUAAAAUAAUUUAAUAUUAGAUAUAAAACACUAACAGAUACUUUAAGAAAUUUAAAUAUAUAAAUGAAAAAUGAAUAAAUUAUUAAAUUUAAUUUGAAAAGUAAUUUAUAAGUACCCUUAAAUCAUCAACAAUAUGAUUAUUAAUUGUAAAAUUCAAGUAUUCUUAAAAUUUUAUUUCUUCGACCUUUAAAUAUCCCUUAUUAAUCAUAAAAAAUGAAACUUUCUACUUAAAUGAUUUAAAUGUUUUAGAUUUUUGAGGAUAAAACUUUUUAAUUUUCAUUAAAAGUAUUAAAUGCUCUUUUUGGAGAUACAUCAAUUAAUCUUGGAAAAUAUGCCAAAUAAUUAAAAAAUAGUAUUUUUAAUUUGGCAGAUCUACAAUCAAUACCUUAACAUAAAUAAGAUAGAGGUUUAUUUUUAAGUUUAAUAUUUGAAAAAUAAAAAAAAAGGUAAAAUAAUGAUUUUAGGGAGGUCGUUUCUUAAGAAAAGAACUUAAAUCCCAUAUAAAAAAUAUUAUUAACUAUAAAUUCUAAAUCUCAAAAAAAAAUAGAUUUACUUAAUGGUGAUGUAAUAGAUGAAUUUAUUAAUUGGAGAAUCAACUUUCAAUAACCUAAACCUCUUUAUUAGAAGGAAUGGUGGUUAAGCCUUUAUGAACAUUUUAAAGGAAUGUCAAUCAAGACUAUAGAUCAAGCUGCCCUUUACUAUUACUUAAUAAUGAAAACGAAAUAACCUAAUGAAUCAUAUGAUAUUUUAUUAAAUUAUAUUUAAUAAAGCUAAGACUCCCUUGUUUAUUUACUUUUUAUAAUAAUAAUUAGAAAAAAUACAAUAAAUAUUUAAAAAAUAAAAAUUUUAGCUAGAUCUUUAUUAUCUAAAUUAGUUAAUAAUAGAAUAAACUUCGAAAUAAUCAACCAAUUUAUAGUUAUAUUAAAACAGAAGAUAUUUGAGAAGGAAGAAAUUUCAAGAUUGAUAAAUCAAAUAAAUAAAUAUCCAAAUUAUUUAGAAUUUGCUUAUGAUGAAGAAGAGAUAUAAAAAUACAUAACUAAUUAAGAUUAUAAAAAUGCAUACAUUUAAAUAAUAAGGUAAUAAAAGAUUUCAGAAUAUAAGUAAAUAAUAAAUGAUUAUGUUCUCCCAUGUCUUGUUAUAGACAAUUAAAGAUAUUAUGAAAAUUAAUAGGAAAAUGAUGUAACAACAUAAUUAAUAAAUCAUAUAUUAGAUAAUUGCUCAUACAGUUCUGAUAUAAUAACAUUAGCUUAGGUAAUUAUAUAAAAAAUUAUAAUUUAGAUAUAUAUGGGAAGAUUAGAAUUUGAUAAUAAUCUAGUUGACAAUUUAAUUGUUUUUAACGAAUAUUAAUAUUUUAUGAAACAAAAAGUUUUGUAAUAAUAUGUUGAUUUUUGA